CCUCCGCCCGCGCUGCGGACAUGGCGCGGCGCUGACUGUGGCCCGGCCCGGCGAGACCGCGCGCCCGCUCGCCCGGACCCGCCCCGCCCCGCACGGGACCCGCUCCGGCCCCGGCCGGCCGCCGCCUCUUCCUUCCCCAGCCCGCAGGCCCUCGCCUCCCGGGAGGGGAGCCCACAGGCGCAGGGAGGCCGAGCGCGGACUCGCCACCAGGCUCCAGAAUGGCAGAAGACGAUUCAUAUUUGGGAGCACAUGAACAAAUGUUUCAUUUGGAUCCUUUGACUCAUACGAUAUUUAAUCCAGAAAUAUUUCAACCAGAGAUGCCCCUACCUACAGCAGAUGGUCCAUACCUUCAAAUAUUAGAGCAACCUAAACAGAGAGGAUUUCGUUUCCGUUAUGUAUGUGAAGGCCCAUCCCACGGUGGACUCCCUGGUGCGUCUAGUGAAAAGAACAAGAAGUCCUACCCUCAGGUCAAAAUCUGCAACUAUGUGGGACCUGCAAAGGUUAUUGUUCAGUUGGUCACAAAUGGAAAAAACAUCCACCUGCAUGCACACAGCCUGGUGGGAAAACACUGUGAGGACGGGAUCUGCACUGUAACCGCCGGACCCAAGGACAUGGUGGUCGGCUUUGCAAACUUAGGUAUACUUCAUGUGACAAAGAAAAAAGUAUUUGAAACACUGGAAGCACGAAUGACAGAGGCAUGUACAAAGGGCUACAAUCCCGGACUUCUGGUACAUCCUGAUCUUGCCUAUUUGCAAGCAGAAGGCGGAGGAGACCGGCAGCUCACAGAUCGGGAAAAGGAAAUCAUCCGCCAGGCAGCUCUUCAGCAGACAAAGGAGAUGGACCUCAGCGUGGUGCGGCUCAUGUUUACAGCUUUUCUCCCAGAUAGCACCGGCAGCUUCACAAGGCGCCUGGAACCCGUGGUAUCGGAUGCCAUCUAUGACAGCAAAGCCCCCAAUGCAUCCAACUUGAAAAUUGUAAGAAUGGACAGGACAGCUGGAUGUGUAACUGGAGGGGAAGAGAUUUACCUUCUCUGUGACAAGGUUCAGAAAGAUGACAUCCAAAUUCGAUUUUAUGAAGAGGAGGAAAAUGGUGGAAUCUGGGAAGGAUUUGGAGAUUUUUCUCCCACAGAUGUUCAUAGACAAUUUGCCAUCGUCUUCAAAACGCCAAAGUAUAAAGAUGUCAACAUCACAAAACCGGCUUCCGUAUUUGUCCAACUUCGGAGGAAAUCUGAUUUGGAAACUAGCGAACCCAAACCUUUUCUCUACUACCCUGAAAUCAAAGAUAAAGAGGAAGUGCAGAGGAAACGGCAGAAGCUCAUGCCUAAUUUCUCUGAUAGUUUCGGCGGCGGUAGUGGUGCUGGAGCUGGAGGUGGAGGCAUGUUUGGCAGUGGCGGUGGAGGAGGGGGUGCCGGAGGUACGGGUCCAGGGUAUGGCUUCCCCCACUAUGGAUUCCCUACAUACGGUGGAAUUACCUUCCAUCCUGGAACCACUAAAUCUAAUGCUGGGAUGAAACAUGGAACCAUAGACUCCCCAUCUAAAAAUGACCCUGAGGGUUGCAGCAAGAGUGUGGACAGAGACGCAGUGAACCUCUCUGGGAAAGUAACUGAGCCCACAGAACAAGAUAAGGAGUCUGGCACUGGAGAAGAUGAAGUUACCCUGACGUAUACAGUAGGAGUAAAGGAAGAGAAUUCUAGGUUUCAGGAUAACCUCUUCCUAGAGAAGGCUAUGCAGCUGGCCAAGCGGCAUGCCAAUGCCCUUUUUGACUACGCAGUGACAGGAGAUGUGAAGAUGCUGCUGGCUGUUCAGCGCCAUCUCGCUGCAGUGCAGGAUGAGAAUGGGGACAGUGUCUUACACUUAGCAAUCAUCCAUCUUCAUGCCCAGCUUGUGAGGGAUCUACUAGAAGUCACGUCUGGCUUGAUUUCUGAUGACAUUAUCAAUAUGAGAAAUGAUCUCUACCAGACACCCUUGCACUUGGCCGUGAUCACCAAGCAGGAGGCUGUGGUGGAGGACUUGCUGAAGGCCGGGGCCGACCUGAGCCUCCUGGACCGCUUGGGUAACUCUGUUUUGCACCUAGCUGCCAAAGAAGGACAAGAUAAAAUUCUCAGUGUUUUACUCAAGCACAAAAAGGCAGCACUACUUAUCGACCACCCUAAUGGGGAAGGUCUAACCGCCAUUCACAUAGCCGUGAUGAGCAACAGCAUGGCCUGUCUGUUGCUGCUGGUGGCCGCCGGGGCCGACGUCAACGCCCAGGAGAGGAAGUCGGGGCGCUCGGCGCUGCACCUGGCUGUGGAGCGGAACAACAUCUCCCUUGCUGGCUGUCUGCUCCUGGAGGGUGAUGCCUAUGUAGACAGUACCACAUAUGAUGGAACCACACCCCUGCACAUAGCAGCCGGGAGAGGGUCCACCAGGCUGGCGGCUCUUCUCAAAGCAGCAGGUGCAGAUCCCCUCGUGGAGAACUUUGAGCCUCUCUAUGACCUGGAUGACUCUUGGGAAAAAGAUGGAGAGGAUGAAGGAGUCGUGCCUGGAACCACACCUCUAGAUAUGGCCACCAACUGGCAGGUGUUUGAUAUAUUAAAUGGGAAACCAUAUGAGCCAGAGUUUACAUCCGAUGAUUUACUCGCACAAGGAGACAUGAAACAGCUGACUGAAGAUGCCAAGUUGCAGCUCUACAAGUUGCUAGAAAUCCCUGAUCCAGACAAAAACUGGGCUACCCUGGCACAGAAGUUAGGCCUGGGGAUACUAAAUAAUGCCUUCCGGCUGAGUCCCGCUCCUUCUAAAACUCUUAUGGACAACUACGAGGUCUCUGGGGGGACAAUUAAAGAGCUGGUGGAGGCCCUAAGACAGAUGGGCUAUACCGAAGCGAUCGAAGUGAUCCAGGCCGCCUUCUGCACCGCGGUAACUGCAGCCCCCAGCCCAGGGAAGACCCUCUCACUGCCCCUCUCACCUGCCUCCACAAGGUCACCAGUAGGUAAGGAAACAACAGGACAGCUGAGAUCAUCUCUGCUCCCCAGACUGCGUCUUCAGUGUCUUGGGAUAUGGCUGUCCUCCCUGCCAUCGUUCCCUGAGUACAUGGUCCAGUGUGUCUGUCCUUCCCCCUGUAGCUCACAGGUUCUACCCUCUGCCCCUCUCCUGCUGCUACCAGUCAGGUGGGGGGCUGUCCCCAGGAACAGUCACAUUAAUCUGUGGGUCACUUCAGUUCCUAAUAAAUAUUAAAAACCACAUGAUGUGGCCGGUUAAGGCAAAUAGUGUUUCUCUCACUCUUAAAAUUAAAAAAGACAGAGGGCACCUGGGUGGCUCAGUCGGCUAAGUGUCUGACUCUUGAUUUCAGCUCAGGUCAUCAUCUCACAGUUUGUGGGAUCGAGCCCCAUGUCGGGCUGGGCGCUGGCAGUGCAAAGUCUGCUUAGGAUUCUCUCUCUCUCUCUCUCUCUCUCUCUGCCCCUCCCCUGCUCUAUCUCUCUCAAAAAAAAAAAAAAAAAAAAAAAAAAAACAACUUUAAAAAAGAGAGAGAAACAUACAGAGCAAGGCUUAUAGAGCCAGGACUGGCCCCAGUUCCCACCACAGCACCCUAGCUCCUCACCUCCACCCCUGCAAUGGCUUCACCUUCUCUCUUCGCCUCCUCCCAACCUACAGCACUGACCCUUACCCACCCCUCCAUCACUCAUCUGAAACACAUAACAUAACAGACUCCCAGCACAGCCCAAUAACCCUUUGUUUCCCUGUAAAUGGGUUCUUGCCCUCUCUCAGCGACCACUCCGCACUUUCUGUCUGGACCCCCCACCCCCCUUCCCUCUCCUGACUCAUCCAGUGUCCUCGGCUCACACACCACUGAGAACAUAGCAGCAACUAGAAUUUGCUCAUCUUUGAAAGAUGAACAGUUGGCCAUGUCAGGCAGAAGCACUGCCAUCCUCCAGGUUUAGACAAAAAUCUGAGACUUUGCCCACGGACACUUGCUGCUAGAAACCACCUCACACACAGCCCAGUCCUUGCUCUCAGACACCCACCCUUGUGCACCCGCCCUCAUUUUUUGCCCCACUUCCUCUAGCGGCUCUUCAUCGGUCUCCCUGCUUCCAGGCUGUCCCCCUCCCUUCAGUCCACUCUCAACACAACAGAUAGUGAGAUUCUUUUUAAAAAUUAGUGCUAUUAAAAAAAGGCGAGAGGCACCUGGGUGGUUCAGGUGGUUGAGUGUCCAACUCUUGAUCUCUGCUCAGGUCAUCAAGCCCCACAUCAGUCUCUGUGCUUAGGAUUCACUCCCUCUCUCUCUCUCUCUCUCCCUUCCCCACUCGCUCGCUCCCAUUCCCUCUCUCGCAAAAUAAACAGUUUUUUAAAAAAAGGAAAAAAAUAAAAAUUAGUUGCUUUUAUGUGACUCCCGUUUUAUACCUUCCAGUUCAUUCAUCCAUUCACCAAAUCUUUAUUGAGUGCAUCCUGAGUGCCUAGCCCAGUAUAAGGCUUUGAAGAUAGAGCAGUAAGUAAUAAAGGCAGUGCCCCUGGGGAACCUGGGUGGCUCAGUUAGUUAAGCAGCCGACUGCCGCCCAGGUCAUAAUCUCACAGCUCAUGGGUUCAAGCCCCACAUCGGGCUCUGACAGCUCAGAGCCUGGAGCCUCAUUCACAUUCUCUGUCUCCCUCUCUCUGCCCCUCCCCAGCUUGUGCUCUGUCUCUCAAAAAUAAAUAAACAUAUUUAAAUAAAUAAAUAAAGGCAGUGUCCCUUUGUCCAUUCUCUCUUGUAAAUGCUUUCAUAUGCCCUUCCUCCUGCCCCACCACCCGGGCCCCCCCACCUGCAACUGUUCUGCUCACAGGUCUGAGCCAGUCUUAAGACCUGAACCUUCUCUUUCCCUUCCCUACAAAGAUCCUCACCUGGUGGUUCCUUCUUGCCUUUCAGUUUCAGCACAAGUGUCACUUAUCAGGGCCCUUCCUAGGAGAGUAAGGACAGAUGUUGUGCACUUUAGAAAGGAAUAAUGUGACUACCAGGAAAAUAAUCCACAUCUCCUAUAUCCUGACCUGGUGCUCCUUUUACACAAAGAAACAGGAAAAUACUUAUAUCUUUUUUAUUUUAUUUUAUUUUAUUUUAUUUUAUUUUAUUUAUUUUAUUUAUUUUUAUUUUUUGAGAGAGGGCACAGUGAAUGAGGGAGAAUGGAGGAGGGAGAGAGGGAGAGAGAAUCCCACGAGGGGCAGAGAGAGAGAGAGAAGUGGGUCUCACCCUGAGUGGGGCUCAUGCUCAUCCUAAGCAGGGUUUGAUCUCACCUGCUGUGGGACUCAAACUCACAAACGGUGAGAUCAUGACCUGAGCCAAAGUCAGAUGCUUACCGACUGACUGAGCCACCCAGCACCCAGAAAAUACUUAUAUUUUUGAAAUUUUAUUUGAUUUCUGACUUGUAGUUAUUUUUAAAAUACCUUGUACUUCCUGGCACAUAAUAGAAACCCAAUAAAGAGGGGUGCCUGGUGGCUCAGUUAAGCGUCCGACUUCAGCUCAGGUCACGAUCUCACAGUUCGCGGGUUCGAUCCCUGCGUUAGGCUCUGUGCUGACAGCUCAGAGCCUGGAGACUGCUUUGGAUUCUGUGUCUCCCUCUCUCUCUGCUCCUCCCCCACUCAUGCUCUCUCUGUCUCUCAAAAAUAAAUAAACAUUUUUUAAAAAUUUAAAAGAAACCCAGUAAAGACUGGCUCAUUGGAUUAACUCAACAAGUCAAUUAGAAGACAAUAGCCGUGUCAAUGCCAUUAAGGUCUUAAUAUUUUAAUAUUGGAAUUGAAUAUACAUGAAGGUAUCAUUUUGAUUUGUGUAUAUUAGACUUGUGUUUCUUUGAUCACUUCCUCUCUAUGGGGAAUAACUCAACACUGUUCAGAUCUCUAAAGACACUUCUCAACAAGGAGAAUUUGACCUCUUGUUCAGUACAGAUUCAUUUUCAUCAUAAUCACCUUAUUUUCUUUGCCACCAGAAUGUUUUGGACGCAACAUACAGCGUUCACUAGCACGUGAGGCCCCGGAGAGAUGGCUCAUCUCUACCUCCUGCUUCUGUCACCCAUUUAUUUUGCCAGGGUUCAGCAAUUUUCCCAGCUAUAAAAUAGGUAAUAUGGUGGUUGGAAAAAUACACCUGAUUUCUAAGAAAAAAAAGUACACUGUGAGUUAGGAGAACUCAGAAAGGAUUCUGAUAAACAUG